CCGCCCUGGCCAAUAGACUCCAGCCUCCAGGCUCGGGUUCUAGCCAAUGAACAUACGCCUUGCUGCGGAGUCUCGUUUUGGGCGAAUGUAGCUUCAGAGGUUGGCGGAAGCAGCUGUCGGGCCGCACAGGAUGGGGGUGAAGCUUGAGGUUUUUCGGAUGAUGCUGUACCUCACCUUUCCGGUGGCCAUGUUCUGGGUCUCCAACCAGGCUGAAUAUUUUGAGGAAUACGUCAUCCAGCGCAAGCGGGAGAUCUUUCCUCCGGAGCGAGAAGACCAGCGUCGGGAGCUAGAAGACUUCAAGGAGCGAAUGAGGAAGCAGCGUGAGGAGCGGCUACUCCGGGCUACCCAGGAGUGACCUGGAAUUCUCUGGAGUUUGGGGCACUCCGUCCCUUCCACCCAAACCUGGCUGCUGCAUGGCAGAGAUAGAGGAUGGGCAGGCAGCACUCUGGCCAGGGGGUUCCUUCCGUCUCUGCCUUCCAGCGAGGAACUCUGCAGGCCACACGUCUCCUGCUCAAUCCCGGGAGAAGUUUGUGGCCUGGAGCUCUCCCCUGCCCUGCACUGACUUGGCAGUGCAUCAACACAGGCACACAUUAGCCCCCUGCCCUUGCCUUUGCCCAUUUUGGUCCCUGCCUUGCAGGGUUCUAGCUAGGAGCCAUUCAGAAUCCAGGAUCUGAGUCCAAGGAGGCUUGAGGAAGACCCUUCUAUUUUUCCAUCCCAAUUCUUUAACCCAUUGACAAUAACAACUCAGUGUGACCACUCA